AUGAAUAUCAAGGUAGAGGUAGUAUCCAUUGUCAUGGUACUGCAUGCUAAACUAAAUAAUGACCCAGGGUUGUGUCAACUUACUCAAACUGCUUUGAAAGGUUUCUUAGCUCAAAAAUUUAAAGAUGAAAAUGAUUGUUCUGACACAACUGAACUAGACCAGGAUAUUGAAGCUGGUCAGAAAGCAGCUGACACAGUAUAUGUCAGUAUGUUGAUUGGUUAUUAUCAACCGUCAAUCCUAAUCCACCAGAUGAGGACAUGUGGAUAAGACCUGAGGUUCAUCCAUGUCAAAGAAGUCGUCAUGACAUUCCUGAACAUGAAAAACAAUCAGAUUAUGUAGAUCUGUUAAACAUGGUUCAACGACAUACUCGUUGCAGUACAAGUUAUUGUCUUAGAAAGAAGUCAAAUGAAACAGAGUUGAAAUGUAGAUUUCAUUUCCCUUUUGAUAUUUGUCCUAAGACAAAAUUAGAAUUUGAAAAAAUUCAUACUUCAGGUGAUAAUGAGCAUUAUCGAGCUAAGAUUGUGACUAAACGAAAUGACUCAGGGUUAAAUAAUCACCCACAACUUCAGCUCCAAGGAUGGAGAGCUAACUGCAUGAUAUUCAAGUUGUUAUUGAUCACUAUGCUUGUGUUGAAUAUCUCGCAAAAUAUGCAGCUUAAGGUGAGCCAAGAUCACCUAUAUUGAAACAGGCAUUCAAUUCUAUUGUGCAAAAUGUUGACAGUAAUACUGACCCUCGUAGAGUCAUUAAGAAGGUAGUUAUGAAAUCUCUUGGUGAAAGAGAUUAUGCAGCUCAAGAGACAAUACAUCAUUUAUUGUCUUUAAAACUCCACAGCUCAUCCUUUAAAGUGAUGCCAGUUAGUCUAAAUGGUUCAUGUAGAGUGCGUGAUAGUGCAAGUAUUGAUGAGGGUGAAUCGUGCACCGAUUAUUCACUGCUUGAUGUGUAUGCUAAUCGUGAACAAUAUGAGAGUUCACAAAAUAUAAUAAAUAUGAACUUUGUUGAAUUUGCUACAACAUACAAAGUUGUUAACAAUGAAUUGACAAAAUUGCCAGAGAAUAUUAUACCACGAAUAUUUCCAACAUAUUCUCCUAAUCCCAAAGGUCCAAAUUUCGGCCUAAAUUGUAAAUAUCAACUUUUGAGGUAUAAACCGUGGAGAACAACCCAAAACAAUGCAUGGGGUGACCAAGAACCAACUGACGAGGUUCUGAUCAAUUGUUGGCAUGACUUUUUACAAACGCCUUAUGUACGUCUAAUGUCCCAGACUUGUUUGAUAAAUUACAAGCUGUCAUUCAAAGUCAAGAAGCAGAAGAUGAACCUUCUGAAGAACAGAAGACAACUCGAGAAGAAUGGAUGAUAUUAUCAGACCUCAACAGUCCUUUUGAAAACUCUGAACAAACACCAGAAUCCACAUAUGACUGGCAUCUCGACAGAGCCAAUUAUUCCGAACAACAAAUUCAAGAAAUGCCAACAUGGAUAAAAACAAACAAAGAGGAAUACAGUAUUGAUGAGCAAUAUGAUGUUGUUGACAUCAACAGUUUUAGUGAAAUGCAAAAACUUGCUUAUGAUAUUGUUAAGUCUCAUUUUGAUGAUACAUAUCUGAGAAAGAGCCAUUAUGUCUCAGUAUAA